AUGGGAGACAAGGACGUGCAGUUCGGCCCCUUUCUUCCUGGUCAGGAAGCACAGGAAGAGGAGGAGGAGGCCCCGGCUCUGCCUCCCCCGCCGCCUCCUCUUCUGUAUCCUCGGGCCGCUUGGGACAAGGCUAGGCUGCAGCUGGCGUUGCUGCUAUCCCGCGCCGCAGCAGAUGUGGGGGCAGCACCGUCUACAACAGCAGCUGCAACAGCAGCCUUUCACAUGAGUUUGCCUUCUUUCUUUCACAUUGACCCUUCAGCUGUUUCUUCUAGCCUCUCUGCCUCUCUCUUUUUAUCUGCAAAGGCAGCAGAUGAAGACUUUAAUCUCAGGCGAGUUAUUGCUUCUUUAGGUUUCUGCAGCCACCACGCCUCUGCGGCGGCGGAGGAGCGUCGAAGGCAGCAGCAGCCGCUCAAGCAGCAGCAGCAGCACCAGCAGUUCGCAGGGGAAUACGUAGCACUAGGCAUCAAGGAGUACUGGCGUCAGCGACAAAGCUGCUUCUUAGAAGAGCAGAGGCUUAUGCAGGCGUUGGCUUUCUCUUUCCCCAACCCAUCUAUAUGGCAGCAGCUGCCGCUGCUGCUGCUGCUGGCUCGACCUGCGGCUCCAGAAGCUGCUAUUACAACAGCUCUUGUUGGGGAUGCUGCUGUGGGGCCCCUUAUAGCUGACACGGAGGAGAGGGUAUUUCUAACUGCUGCAUGCUUGCUGGCAAGGAAGCUGUUGUGGCGCUUCCGGGAGAGAAACAAACAGCAGCAGCAGCAGCAGCAGCAGUGGUUGUUCCCGCCCGCGUUUCCCGCUUUUUCUGCUCCUACUGCGACGCCUGAGCAUAAAGCAGCAGCAGCAGAAACAGCUCAGCUGCUAGAAGAUGAAAUCAGUGCAACUACAACAGCGCUGCGGCCGGGAGAGAGCGACACACGUACGCUGCUGAUGCGGGUUCUACCGCUGCUGCAAGGUAUCGGCAGCAGCAUCGACCAGUGCAACAACAGCAGCAGCAAAAGAAGCGGUGGGCCGUUGUGUAGGCAGCUUGCAGCAGCAGCCAAAAAGAUGCUGCUGCAGUACACGCUGCUGUUGGAUGAAACUCAUGGGCAUCAGGUGUACAGGCGCCUGACCGGGGUGGAGGCUUGA